GUACACUGCCAUAUUUGGGUUUUAAGCUUGACUUUACUUAUACCAAUCGCUCCUUUAAUCGCAUCCCUCUCCUUCGCUGCCGCCACUGCUGCCGUCGCUGCCAAUUUGAAUUACACGCCGGAUUUCGUAGAAGUUUUCCUUGGUCAUUUCUUCUGCUCAUAUGGGUUUGUGGACACUUCUCGAGGGUUUCCUACUUAUUGCAAACGCUCUUGCUAUAUUAAAUGAAGACCGGUUUCUUACUCCUAGAGGGUGGAGCUUUGAGGAAUAUUCAGGGGUCAAGAGAAAUUCCUUCAAAGGGCAGAUUCUUGGACUUAUUUAUGCGGCACAGUAUCUGAGAGUUCUUCUCAUACUCCUUAACACCUUAUUUAUUGUUAUAAAGCUGGUCUCAGGAUGAUGAUUGCUGAGGUGAGUGACUACCAUUAAAGAAGAUUAGGGCAGUUCACUGUGCAAAGUUGAACUCUGGUAAAAUAGGCCAUGUGCAUUUGGCAACUUAAAUGAUUCGGUCUCUGAAGGAUGUAAAUUUUUUGGUUCGAUUUGUUGGUUUAAACCAAGGAGUAGGUUCUGAAGUGCUACUUCAGUACAGUUAAACCGUGCCUUGCCCUGCUAACAUGUAGCUCUGUCCAAUGUUUGAAUAGAUAUGCUGGUUUUAAUGGCCUAAAACACGACAUUUUGCAAAUGAUGUGAUUUUAGAUAUAAAAGAAAAUAGAUCAGGAAAACAUUGGCCAUAUCAAGAAAAAGGAAAAAAUAAUGAGAAACUCUGAUUAUGUAAGUUUGACCAUCAUCAUCAAAGUAUGAAAAAAAUGAUAUGGUUCAUACCAACAGCCAUCCUUGUUCCUUGAUUCAUCAUGAGAUGCCCUAUGAUAGUUGAUUCAUGCUUUCCAUAAUGAUGAUUGGAGAUACUUAGAAGUUUGUAGAUGGAGAGAUGCUCCAAAGACAUCACACAGCUGUUUUGUUAGAGAGGUGGCAAUCCUGAUUCAAAUGGUGUUCUGUCAAUUACUUUUUGAUUAGAAAGUUAGUUCAUUUGGUCGAUAUGACAAGUAUUGUAAAAGUAGGUCCUUACAUAUUAGAUGAUGCCUAACAAAUGAAAUACCUUCGAUGAUUUUAUUAACAAGUGUAUCUCAUCCGAGUCUGAUCUUUCUUGAGUUUCAACCAGAGCAUGUCGAUACAGAGGAGCUUUCUUUUUACUA